UUCCGUAAGGCAGUGAUACUGAACGUUGAGAAACUAGAUGGUAAACAAUGAACGGAAAUGUCACGAAUUCCAUCCAGGACUGCGUAUCUGAGAAAAACAUGUCGUUCUUCACCCUUCAAUUUAUGGUGUUGUCCAAAAAGGAUCAAUUAUUGUAGUACUAAUUUGAUAACAUAAAUUCCAUCACACCACCACUUGCCUCUUCGUCACAUCGCAAAGCAGUUGAAGCGCAACCAUAGAAUCAACACUCGGUCAGACAACAAUUUAUAUCAAGACAGGUCUUCAGGUCAACAACAAUGAAUAGAUCGGUGCCCAAAAACUCCUUUCGAUCCGAUGCCAUGGCUUCCAUUCUCGGCAAAAAGAUGGAAGCACCCGAGUUUUUCGAAAUGCAACAGGCUACUCUAAAUCAGCAGCUCGAAAAAUCAAAGAAACAAAACGAUGAUCUAGAGCAUUUGACGAAGGUAUAUGAUGCUGUAACCAAGGAGAGUGAUAACGAAAAAAAGGUCAGCGAAACUCUCAAAAGACAAUUAAGUGCUCUGACUCGGGAGCUUGAUGUUGUAACCCAGGAGCGUGAUAAUCUCAGAAAGGAGCUAGAUUUUGCAACCCAGGAAUAUGAUGACGAACGAAAUAUGCACGAUGCUGUAACCCAGGAGCUCAACGAUGUAGAGAAGGAAGAGGACGCUCUUACCAAUGUACUCAAAGCUUUUGAACCGCAACAAGCUCCUCGGAUCCAGCAGCUCGAAGAUUUCGGUUUGCAAAGCGAGAUUGCCAGCAUGGAAACUCUCCGGUCUUUAUUGCAGAAACGGAAACAAUUUAACGCUCUUUGUUCCCGUGACAAAAUAUUAACGGGCCUAGAAGCCGACGCCAAGGCACAUCAAGCCUUUUAUAAAAAGAACUCCAGGUUUUUGGAAACAUUUCAGAACGAUGAAAAGUUCAAGAUUGAUCAAAUUAAAGAAAUGGAGGAAUCAAUUAAAGAUUUCGAAGACAGACAUUUCUUUGGGUCAGCCGAGGCUUCAAUAUUGAAAAAUGUAGAAGGGAUGACUCAAAGCUUUAAAGAUUUAGUUAAGGAAAGGGCCGAAGAUAUGAGGGACGUCUCCCACGCAUUCGUCAGUCAAAAAGCCUGCGCCGAGGAAGCUGUCCUUGAAGUUAGUGAGGAACGCCAGAAGAACAAACGGGCAGCGCUCAAAAUUUUCGAUGAAUAUUGCGCUAUGGCUGCGAAGAUUCGCCCGGUGUUCGACAAAUCGUUCAGCGAGGCAAGAACCACCAUUGGAGCGAAAAUGGACGAAAAUCCUCCGUGAAUGUUACGACGCUCCUGGUUGCCMGGGUUCCACAUUCUCGUGUUGCGGCAAGAUUGACUAUCGCGAUGCGUAUUCAUAAGUUAGUCUUUUCACCAGAUCGAAACACACUACGUAGGUUUUAUCCCCACGUCGACACAUUGCUGUACUUACAAACUUUUAUUCACUAAACAUCAAAAGUUACU